AUGAAACGAACGAUAAUUACAUCGAAAACUACAGGUCGACGAUAUUUUUUGGUUCGUUCAUCUUCACGGCCUGGUGGUCGACGAUAUUAUGUAUGCUCAACACCAGAUUGUGAAUUACGUGUAGCUCGUGAAUCUAAUCUUUAUUGUCGAACUCAUGCACAAUCAAACAAUACAGAUAGUGAAAAUAUUAAUGACAUUUCAGAAAAAUCAGAUGAUGAUGGAGAUGAAAGUAUUGCAAAUGAUCAGAGUGAAUUACUUGAUGAAGAAACAUCGCAAACGGAACAACAAGAUACAAAUGUAGAUUCGAAUGAUAAUGAAGAUGAAAAUAAUGAUUCAAUGAGUCAAAACGAUUCUAUUGAUGCUGAUGCUGAUGCAGAUAAUAAUGGUAAUGCUACAUUACCACUUUCAUCUAGACAAAAAGCGAAGGCAAAUCGUACCAUAGAAAUAGAUGAAGCAACUGGUGCACGUACUUUUCGUGAUAGUACAGGUCGUCGUCGAUACCUCUGUACGAAUGCAACAUGUACAAAUAUGCUUAAACGUCAAACGGAUAUAUUUUGUAUAACUCAUGCAAAUACUGAUUUAAAGGAUUUAAAAGAACCACCAACUGAACCAAAUGUAGAUAAAAGUAAAAAACCUCGUACAAAUCAAAAACGUUAUUCGGCACCACCAGCAGCAUCUAAUCAUAAAAAAGAACGUUUUCGUUCACCAUUUUCAAAUAAUAAUUCAACAGGAAAAGAUGAAAAUGGUACAAAUGGAAAUCAUUCAGAAGAAUAUGAAUCACCAGAAAAAGUUCCAGAAAGUACAGGAACAAAACGUUCAUUUCGAGAUGCAUCAGGAAGAAUACGUUUUCUCUGUUCACUUCCUACAUGUAAAAGUCGAGUUCAUCGACAAGCUGAAACAUAUUGCAGACGACAUACACGCGAAUUUUUAAAUGGAACACUCCAAACUAGUAUGGAUAUAAGUACUACAAAUGAUAGUAUAAAUCAUACUGAAGAAGAAACUGAUGUACAAAAAAUGGAUGUAAAUCAUAAUAAGACUGAUACACCCUCGCAUGAACCUUCAACGAAAAAACGUAAACAUGAUUCACAAAUUGCAUUAACUGCAUCACUCAAUCAAUCUUCAAUUCCAGCUGAUAAAAUGGUUAUUGCUACAACAACUCUUCUUGAUGAACAAUGGGCAAAUAUUCUCAUAUUUCUUCGUAAAUUUCCUCAAGUACAAUUAUCAUCAAAUUUAGUUGUUAAUGAUUCAACAACACAUUUACUUGUUGAUGAUAGUGAAAAAUCAUUACAUUGUACUAUAACAAAAAAAAUUGUUCAAGCAGCUGUACGUCGUCAUAUAUUUAUAAUAUCUGCACGUUGGAUAAAUGAUUGUAUAAAUGCAAAUAAAUUUCUUGAUGAACAUUCAUAUGAAAUCUUAAGUGAUUCACAUACAACAUUACGUUUAUCUAUACAAGAUUAUUCAAAUAAUAAUCAAUAUUUAUUUAAAUCAAAUUAUGGAUUUGCUAUUGAAUGUCGUCAAUGUCAAGGUUCAAUAAAUCGUAAUGAAUUAAUGGAAUUAAUUGAAUUAACUGGUGCACAAAUUUAUGAUCAUAAUAUUACAGUUGAAAUCUUAACUGUUUUAUGUGAUGCAAAUGAAAAAAAUUUAACUAAAAUUAAAGAAAAAUAUCUUCAAUCGAAUCUGUCAAAUAUCAAAUAUGUUACAAGUGAUUUUUUACUUAAAUCAAUUAUUAAAUUUGAAAUGCAAGAUAUUGAUAGAUAUUCAUUAUAA